GAACUUAUGACAAUGUGACUUUCUUUGUCGAUGUGAACCAACUGAUUUUCGUAACGACAAUCUGUAUGCUGCAAUCUGUAUCUAAUUUAUAAUCGAGGAUGAGUUUCAAUAAUUUUGGGCAAGGUUCUGGAGGAGGUAGAGGGCCGGUGUCUGGAAACCCAGGAGGCAUGGGAGGUAUGACAGGAUUUCCUGGGCAAUCACAGGGACCAGAUCUAGACCAGCUGCCCCCAGAAUAUGCUGGGUUAGCUAACAUGAGUGAGGCAGAUAGAAACGCCGCCUUAGAAGCUAUACUAGGACCUGAGGGUCUGCGACAAUUUCAGCAGCAACAACAGUUGGACAGAAGUAGAGGAAUGGGUGGUCAGGAAGGUUUAGGCAACUUUCUAGGAAUGCAAGGUAAUCCAGGUGGCGCUGGGGGUGCCAGAACUUCAGGGAACAUAAGACCUGAUCCUUAUGGAAGUGGAAUGGAUUUUGGAAGUAGGACUGUUGAACCUAAUUCAUUGGGUGGAAAUAAUGACUAUGGAAGAAGUACAGGCAGAGGUGUAGGUACUGGAGGAAGCAUGUACAACAGUGGCAACAGUAGUGGUGGAAAUGAACAGGUUUUCAAUACUCCACAAAAUUUUUUUGGACAAAACCGAACAGGGUCACCCUAUGGAGAGUCACAAUUACCACCAACAGGAAACAGAGGAGGUGGCGGUGGUCAGACAGACAACCAAGACCCAGCUCAGCAACUUAUAGGCUAUGUCCGAGCCACUGCUGAAAGUUGCACAGAUCCAAUAGCACAGGGAAUGAACACCAUUCUGAUCCUAGAUACCUCCAAAAGUAUGUUGGGACAAGGCAUGGAGCAGGCAAAGGCCGUCAUCGAGGACAUACUGACAGGUAUUGAGGACAACGUGAUGGACAAUGGUUUGGAAGAGAACCUAGCCCUUAUUGUAUUUGGAAAGGAAACUAAAGUGGCCCAACAUCUGACUAAUGACUACACCAAAUUCAGGGAAGCUUUAGAGAACCUACAUCCAGAAGGACCAUCAAGCAUCUCAGACAGUUUAGUGAUGACCUUAGGAAUGAGUGAAAGAGGAGGUCAUAUAAACCUCGGCAGACAUAUUGCUAACUCACGAAUCGUCAUUUUGUCCGAUGCACAGUUUACACGAAAUGAGUCAUCACCAAUGUUUAAUGAUGCCAUUGACUCCCAACAUGUUAGAGAGUUAAUUAACGAGGUGUCCCAUCUAGCAAAGCAGGUGAUUGAUACUUCAGGAUUACAGCUGUAUUUUAUCCCUGUGGGUGAUGUAAAUGAUGUUAUAAUGCAGUCUGUGAUAGGGGUUGCAGAUGGCCAGGUGUGUCCAGCUAGUGAUGCUAAGUGGAUAAUUGCUAAAAGAUACCUCCAUCAUAUGAUUACUGAGUGGAUAUUGGCGUACUCACAAGGCAGUGUACCAGACCGGACCAUGAUAGCAGAGGCAGCCAGACAGAAGUACCACGCAGUAGAAGAUAGGGACAUUGAUGCUGUGAUUAAACUAAUUGAGGAGGAUCAGAACCGACAGACUCAGGAUCAAGCUGUUGGACAGGGAGUUGGUCGAGGCCAGAUGACAGGUCAAACAAUGGGACAGGGAACGAUGCCCACACAGCUGCCAAAACCUAGUGGUCCCCCUGGCAGUCUGCCAGCAGGCAUAUUUGACAGAAGUUUCUCUCCUCCAAAAGUUACUCCAGAUAUUGUCCAGUCAUCUUCACAAAACUCCUUGCCAUCAAGAACCAUACCCUCUACGUCAUCAGCAUCCAACACUGUACUAUAUAAUAGGAGUGGGCACACAGAGGUAUCACCAGCUCAGUCAGCCUCCACGUCAAGUGCUGAGACAGCAGGUACUAAAGUGCCAGUGUAUGACCUGAGCAACAAGCUCCUAUCUAAUCUCCCUAGUGCAUUUAAAGUAGGGGAGGAUGCAAAUAGACAGCCAGAGGAGGUCACUCCAGCCACCAUUGCUGCAAAAAUAUUAGACACCAUGGAGGUUCCAAAGGAGCUAGAGGCAACUAGAGAGCGGACCAGGACACUUACCGAUGAUAUUAUUGAGGAAAUGAAAAGGGAUAUCACAGCUGGAAGUGAGGCUCCAAAGCCAUGGGAUUCUCCAUGUCUUCAAGAAUUUCUGUUGAUCAGGAAAGAUGGAACCAAGAUUGAACAGGAUAGCGAUGGCAAUAUCUUGGGUGAUGAUGAAGAGGCUGUACUAAGAAGGGAAGAGAAGGAAAAACGCAGACUGUUGUAUAAUGAGUGGAAGAAGGCUUGUGAUAAUGACCCAGAAUUUGCUGCAGCAAUGACAAUGGAUGAUGACAUUGGAGACUUGACAGAGGAACAAGUGAACCAGUUGUUAGAUGAUUUUGGAGGUGGACCAUAUAACGUUGACAACCUUCCCAAUAUGCCUGUUGUUGGACUGAGAGUGAAGCCGGGACCAGACUGGAUGUGGAAAUGUAAUGAUGUUGGUAUUUGGGAUAAAGGCACAGUUGUUAGUAUUGAUAAGGAAGAUGAAGGAUGGAUUCGUGUGAAGUGGGAUAAACACAAUGGUCUUGAGGAAGACUAUCGUUGGGGACUAGACUAUGAAUUUGAUGUAGAACCUGUUGAAGGUGGAAUGGCUGCUGUCUCCUGGCCAAAAGGCAAAGAGAGAAUAAUCAAAUCCACACAAGAUAUUGCUGAUGAGUUUGGACCAAAACAAGUGAAAGAAAAACUUCGAAAUUUGGCCAGAGCAAGGAGGCAAAAAGAGAGGGCAGCUGAAGCAGCUGCCAGCAUUUCUUCUAAAUCAGGAGACAAACCUACUUUUGUGCAGCAGGAUGUAAAUGCCCUGAAUCAUCAGAAUACUGCUCGCAGUCAUCAGACAAGACCAGAGGAAGCAGCCUCCUCACUUCCACCAAGGGUUCCCAAAGCAACAUCCAUGCCACCUGUAUCUACAACAUCUACAUCUGUAGCAACUGUAUCUACAGCAUCUACAUCUGCGGCAACUGUAUCUACAGCAUCUACAUCUGCGGCAACUGUAUCUACAACAUCUACAUCUGCGGCAACUGUAUCUACAGCGUCUACAUCUGUGGCAACUGUAUCUACAGCAUCUACAUCUACGGCAACUGUAUCUACAGCACCAGUAUCUACAGGAACAACCCACACAGUGACCACCAAUGAAAAGGGGUCUAAAGACAGUGGCCAGUCGCUAGAUGUCAGAGCUGCUUCAAAACCAAGUGAAAGUACAAAAUCUUGCUUUGUUUGGCAGUAUAUUAAUGAACAAGGUGACUGGAAGAAUUACCCUCCUGACAUACAAAAACAAUUGGAGGAAACUUACCUGAAACGUAAGGAGAAGGGAACAGUAAUCAUCCAGAUGGAGGGACAGUUUGAAAGGGUUAUAUUCCAAUUCAUGGAACAAAGAAAUAAUGCAAACAAAAAGAAAAUAAAGAAAGUCCGUAGAAUUGAGGCUGAUGCGGAGAGUCUUCGGGAGCUCCAGGAAUCGUGGACCAAGUAACCCCUAUGUGCUAAUCCAUACUCAUGAAUGACCAGACAGACAAGCAAAUUGUGAAAUUUUUGAGGCAACCUGCCUCUUUAUCAGGACACAAACAUCACAUUAAUUAUAUUACAUACAUAGAACAUAAAACAAAUACAAAGUUAUAAAGUUAAAUCGAGAGCGGUGGUGUAAAUUUAGGUUACUUGAGAAUCCUUUUGGGCGAUGGAUGCCGAAGGCCGUUUAUAACGGACAAAAACCAUCGUAAAUUGUUGGUAUGGUUUGCACUGUAGACAUUUAGCGUAUAUAUGACAAUAACUUAUAUAGAUAUAUAUACAUGCAUACAAAUUGUACAUGGGAUAUAUAUUAAACAAGGGUGCAAUUUCGACAAGGAAUUCAAAUCUGAAACCUUGAAGUCAUAUUACUGUAUAUGAUGCAUAAUAAUGAUAAUGAUUUCACUGUCUGAACGAGACAACUUCUCAGGAUCAUCAACAGAUGAAUGAUUACUAAAAUCUUGCGUUCACAUCUACAUCCCAGCUGUAAGAUGUUGUGGACCAGUCAGUUUUAAAUCAUUGUAUAAAGGUAUAGUUAUUGACCUUGUAUUGACCUUGUAUUGACCUUGGAAGGAAAAUGGCGUGAAAUCAUUUGGAUGACUUUACAUCAAAUUUUAAUUACUAGAUUUGUGAUUCUGACAGAAAUAACCAAACUGUUGGUUUGUGUUUUAUUGCAAAAUGAGACAGAAUAAUUGUUAAAGAUAUACUUACUUGCAAUUAAUUAUACAAUGAAACAUCAUUUCAACUCAUAUGGAAUUUCAUUCUUUGAAACAAUUACUGAAUGUCAUCAAUAUCAUCAUUGAUUGCAGUCAUAAGGAAAGUUUUCUGUCUUAUUUUGAUGCAGGGAAAGAGCAUGCAUGCAUAACAGGCAGUGUUCAAUAAGAUUCUUUAUUUUGGUACAGUAAUUAACCUGGAACACAACCCUGGAAAUGAGAUGUUUUGUAAACCUUGCUUACAAGGAGUUGUCAAUAUAAUGAUCAACCUUAUAGGAACAAGCAGUCAGUAUAAAACCCUCCUUUAACAGACAUUCUAUAUCGGGAACAUCAUGUACAGUUUCUGUAUCACUUCAUGAUUAUACAUUUGCAGUUGACCAUUAUCUUAUUGUAAUAUAUAAAUUACAGCCUUCAAUAUAUUUCUCAACUGAUUUUGGCUGUAGAAAUUGUGAUCGCUUGAAUUCAUAAGUUUUAUUGUUUUUUUUUUAUUUUUCUCGGUGAAUGAUAAGUCAUAACUGACAGUAAAUAUUGAUUUAACAAUACAAAAAGAAAGCAAUCAUUCAAUAUAUGGACCUUUAUGUUCAGAACCAGUGUAUUGACCUCUGCUUGAGUAAAGUUGUCCAGUACCUCUCCCUCGGGAACUGCUGUUGGGUACCUUCCCCUUGUAACCAGUUGUCUGUAUGUCCUCUCCCUCGGGAACUGCUGUUGGGUACCUUCCCCUUGUAAACGGUUGUCUGUAUGUCCUCUCCCUUGGAUUGUGUACCAUUCCCUUGGGAACAGUUGUCAGUAUGUCCCCUCCCUUGGAUUGUGUACCAUUCCCUUGGGAACAGUUGUCAGUAUGUCCCCUCCCUUGGAUUGUGUACCAUUCCCUUGGGAACAGUUGUCAGUAUGGCCCCUCCCUUGGAUUGUGUACCAUUCCCUUGGGAACAGUUGUCAGUAUGUCCUCUCCCUUGGAUUGUGUACCAUUCCCUUGGGAACAGUUGUCAGUAUGUUCCCUCCCUUGGAUUGUGUACAAUUACUAUGGGAAUAGUUGUUAGUAUGUCCCCUCCCUUGGAUUGUGUACCAUUCCCUUGGGAACAGUUGUCAGUAUGUUCCCUCCCUUGGAUUGUGUACAAUUACGGUGGGAAUAGUUGUCAAUAUAUACCUCUCCCUUUCAAGUUCACAUCUACGUACCUUUCCUAUGGAAACAGUUGUCAAUAUAUACCUCUCCCUUCCAAGUUCACAUCUACGUACCUUUCCUAUGGAAGCAGUUGUCAAUACAUACCUUCCCCUAGGAUCUAUUGAUUUAUGUGAUGAAAGUGAGAGAUGGAUUUGUCACCAAAAUGUUGAGGGUAACAUAACAACAUAUGUACUGUUAAUAUUUUUUAUAUGAUUCUAUAUAUUUACUAUCGUGAAGGAAAUUUUCAUUGUCUUAUGUUUGCUUUCAUCGAGGGCAUGUAGAAAGAGAAUGUAAAUACAAUGAUCCUCACUAUAGUGGCCUUACUUACUACUCACUCUAUCUCACGGAGAUCACAUGUACAAACUGUGAUAUUUUAAGUCCACCAUCUUCUGAUAGUGGGGUAUUCCCCCUGCGUCUGUGGUCUAUCAUCCCCCUGCGUCUGUGGUCUAUCAUCCCCCUGCGUCUAUGGUCUAUCAUCCCCCUGCGUCUGUGGACUAUCAUCCCCUUGCGUCUGUGGUCUGUCAUCCCCUGUGUCUGUGGUCUAUCAUUCCCCUGCGUCUAUGGUCUAUCAUCCCCCUGCGUCUGUGGACUAUCAUCCCCUUGCGUCUGUGGUCUAUCAUCCCCCUGCGUCUAUGGUCUAUCAUCCCCCUGCCUCUGUGGUCUAUCACCCCGCUGCGUCUGUGGUCUAUCAUCCCCCUGCGUCUGUGGUCUAUCAUCCCCCUGCGUCUGUGGUCUAUCAUCCCCCUGCGUCUGUGGUCUAUCAUCCCACGUGUCUGUGGUCUGUCAUCCCCCUGCAUCUAUGGUCUAUCAUCCCCUUGCAUCUGUGGACUAUCAUCCCCUUGCGUCUGUGGUCUAUCAUCCCCCUGCGUCUAUGGUCUAUCAUCCCCCUGCGUCUGUGGUCUAUCAUCCCCCUGCAUCUGUGGACUAUCAUCCCCUUCCGUCUGUGGUCUAUCAUCCCCCUGCGUCUGUGGUCUAUCAUCCCCCUGCGUCUGUGGUCUAUCAUCCCCCUGUGUCUGUGGUCUAUCAUCCCCCUGUGUCUGUGGUCUAUCAUCCCCCUGCGUCUUUGGACUAUCAUCCCCUUGCGUCUGUGGUCUAUCACCCCGCUGCGUCUGUGAUCUAUCAUCCCCCUGCAUCGGUGGUCUAUCAUCCCUCCAAAAGUUUGUUUUAACUUAUUUCUUGAGAAGUAUUCGGUAGAUACUUCCGAAACAUCACAUAUAGGUUUCCCUUGGUCCCUAGUUUUGCCCUUUUGAUUACUUACAGUAUUAGGAUAACUAAAUGGCAAAGAAACAGCCAUCUUGAAUCUCGACAAUGGAAGUUUAUCAUUAUUUCUUGAGAAGGACUUGGGAUGGAUAUUUCUUCAGUUUCAUGAAAACAUUUCCGUUGUUCCCUAGUCGUGCCCUUUUGAUUUCAGACUGAUCAGAAUAAACAUAUUUGACAGCUAAAGAUUAUUUUUGCUAUUUAUUACAAGAAAUCCUCAAAUUUAAUAUAAUUAAUUAGAGCAAAUAAGAGGAAAACAGACAAAAUGAGAAAAAAUCUCUAACUUAUCCAGAACAAGCAAAAAUCAAACAUUGGUGGGUGCCAAGAUCCCCCUGGAAUCUCUUGUUUAACAUUUAGUUAGUUUAUGUAUACUUUCCUGUAGGUUAGUGGGGUUGAGACCUAUACACACCCUGUUAUUUAGACAUGUACUUCAAAUGAACAUUUACAAUGAUCAGCAGAAAAAUAUAAUUUUGCACUAUUUUGUAUGUCUUUAUACAACAUAUUCACAUGUACCAAUGGAUAUUCUGCUCACUUUUGUUUUAUUUCUAAUGAUGUCAUCAUCAUAAAUGCUAAAUAUUGGUCAAUGUGUAACUGUACACUAGACCAAACUGUUUUGUCUGUCAUUGUAUGACAUAGAUCACAGUGUUUUGUCUGUCAUUGUAUGACCGUUAUGUACACAAAAUGUGCUGAGGAAUCACAUCAUGUACGAUAUUAAAAGAGGUAUUUUUUGUGCUGUUAAAUUUUUUUCAUCUAAUAUGUACACAUUUUUAAAAAUUAUUGGCUUUUUAAACUAUGGACAUGUACAACUACCACUACAAAAUAUGCAAUAAAUAUGUAUUUAUUAUU